AUGGACAUACCCGAUUCUGAAGAUCCGACCUUGGGCUUGAUGGCUAGGUCUCAGGCGACGCCCGCACUCCAGGCGCUUCAGCGGAUGAGGGGACUCUUCCUUGUAGCCUCUAACGAGUAUAAUAAGAUCAGGUCUCCAGAGAUGGUGUACCAAGAGAAACUUCAAAGUAUGGAUGAUGCCAUACACAAUCUUUUCGAACGGCUUGAUGAACCAGGUAACCGCCGCGCGGAGCUUAUGCAAGAAAUCAAGGAAAACUCCGGCGAUCUGAGGAUGUUCAAGGUCGAUGGCCUAAAGUCCGCCGAGAGCGCAUACAAAGAUCAGGUCGCGUCUGUUCUGCAAAACUUCUUCGACCGGUUGUUCUUGACGGUAGACCCAGCCAUAAUUAAGAGAUCUCUACAAAACAUCGCAAGCGACAAGCUGGCUCAAUAUCUUCCAGACCGUCGGCUCGGUAGUGCUGAGGAAGCUCUCGCCACACAAUUGGAUCCAGUACAAUCAACGGGUUUCGAUAAUUUGCUAGAAGACAGACGUAUGGAGGAUGUACCCCAUCCAGCACAGAGUACAACGGAUCGACCGCUUCAACGAACGAAAUCGUUGACAAAGAAACGUUCGGUGUAUCCGGACCCCGACGAUCCAGCAAGACCGCAUAAAAAGCACAAUUCCAUGACUGCCUCCGGAGACCAAUCCGGCGAAGUGCCCAACUCUUUUCAUGGCAUCCUCGAAUGCGAGAACGAGGGUGACAACACGGCCAGUUGCGCUGAAACCGGUGCUGUUGCUGGCAUCCCCUUCAACCAGACGAACGGGGAUUUGAUGCUGGAAGCUGAUGUGCUAUCACCUGCGGCACCCUUGGUGGUUCCCCGAGGGGACCAGGAUACUAUGAGCAGUUCUGUCUUGGUUCAGGUGCAUGAUGCAGACGACAACUUCAUCGGGAAUCUCAAUUUCUUUGGGUCGUGGGAAAAUGACCGUGUUGAUCAGAUUCUUCGGUUGCCCUUGAAAAGAGAUGCCAUCAAGAUUCGACGAGGUCGCCCCUUCAACAAAAGUCAGGUGGCAGCUAUUUCCAACCGACCUAAUGGCAGAAUCCACAGGAUUGUUUCCUGCAUGAUUCAAGCUACAGGGGAUAUCAUGAAACAACGUUGCCAAAAUUGCAAGAAAAAUCAAGGCGUCUUCGAGGCGUGCAUCAAACUGAAUGACCCACGAUUCUGGCGAUGUGGCAACUGCGAGUGGAACCAUCAAGGCUGCAAUGGCGCUUUUUUGUCCAAAACUAUGCGAGCACCGCACAGAGGACACCAGAGCGCGUACGACACUGUCCCGAGGUCUCCUAGCGCCUUGGCUGGGUCAUCACCGCCAGCGCACCGAGGCCAAAACCUGGCCGCACGGCGGUCGUCCUCCAGCAUCUCUGACUCCCGGUCUAAAUGUGAUUUUAACAGGUCCCAAACCGGCCCUACGACGCGAACAACUCCCGCACCUUUUCUAGAGGCUCAAACAGGGCUCGGAGUUGAGCAUGUCCAUAACGAAUUCCAGUCUGAAGAGCUCUCAGACGCGGAUUCUUACAGUGGAGCCAAAGUGAGCAACCGUGACUGGAGGCUGCUCCAAGUGAAGACGAGACUUUUUACGAGCGCUGAAUCAGUUACGCAAUACUGGCACUGGAAAGAGAAAGAAAAACGCUUCGAGCACCAUGUUCUCAGGGACACAAACCCAGUGAAAUGGGGCAUUUUGCGGGCUGAUAUUGACUUCCAUGUACAGUUGAAUGAGAUUGCAAAAGUCAGGUGGAACGAUGUGGCAUUGCGCGUGCACCUUGUCAUGAAGGAUAGAGGUCCCACUAUUGCGACUCGAGACGGAAUGCCAAGAGGAGAUGUCAUGGCAGUCUUUAAGAGGAGUACAACGGUGCGCCGUUUUAAAGAUUUCUGUCUUGAGCGGAACAUCGUUACUGAGGAGGAGAAAGACCCACGUGUUAUGGUUUACAACUUGAUGCACAUGGUAUCUCAAACCCAUUUGUCAGAAGAGGACGAUAGCACGGGCUAG